UCCAUUGAAAAGUAUCAUAUAAAUCUUGGACUGAAUCCAAAUUCCCAACAUCCGUGAAUCAUUCUGCUUUCUCUUCUGAAGAACAACCCGCAUUAAUCACUUCAAUCUUUAAUUUUUUCAAAAUUCUUCUUUUUGGGUUGUUUGAGAGGGAAGAGUUGCAUUACAAUCCAUCGACAAAUUGAGAUUCCGGAUUUCUAUUCAGAGUUGGGGUUUCAAUUUUUGAAUUCUCUGGGAAGGGUUUUUUUAAAAAUUUAUUUCGGUUGAUGGUUCAGCUGAUGGGAUCGCUGCAUUCCGAGAAUUUCGAGGAUUUCGCCGAAGAAGAGUAUGGCUCUCUCCCUAAACGCUCUCGUUCGGAAGCCGCUCCUUCUACUCAGCAGUUGAUGUCUGUGAACCACGUGUCGAAUGUGUCACCUUCACAGUACAAUCCACUUGAUGAGCCAAGUCCUUUGGGUUUGCGGCUCAGAAAAAGUCCGUCAUUACUGGAUUUAAUCCAGAUGACGCUCUCCAAAAGAAAUAGCAGGUCUAUCUCAGAGAAUACUACUGAAAUGACUAACCAGGGAAGCAAGAAAGAUACGAGGGGGAGUAUUGCUUUAAGUGCUAGUGAUAAGUUGAAAGCUUCAAAUUUUCCAGCUUCGUUGUUGAGAAUUGGCAGCUGGGAGUAUGUUUCGAAAUAUGAAGGCGAUCUGGUGGCAAAGUGCUAUUUUGCAAAGCAUAAGCUUGUAUGGGAAGUUCUUGAUGGAGGUCUCAAGAGUAAAAUUGAGAUCCAGUGGUCUGAAAUAACUGCUCUGAAGGCUGACAUUCCUGAUGAUGGUCCCGGAUCUUUAACCAUUGUGCUAGCUCGGCAACCUGCUUUUUUUCGUGAAACAAAUCCACAACCCAGAAAACAUACUCUAUGGCAGGCAACCACUGACUUCACUGACGGGCAGGCUAGCAAAAACAAGCAACAUUUUUUACAAUGUCCUCCUGGCAUGUUAGACAAGCAUUAUGAAAAGCUCAUUCAGUGUGACGUGCGUCUUAGUGUCUUGAGCCAACAACCUGAAAUAAUUCUGGACUCCCCUUACUUUAAAUCACAAGCUUCUGUUCGAGAAAACUCAGAAGAAUCUUCAGAGGAUGGGGCAAAUCAACAGCCACACGCUGCCAAAGGAUCACCCAUCACUACUUUCCAGGAAGUGGCUUCAUCAGCUAGUCCACAAUUACGGGCUUCCGAAUUUGGAAAGAAUCCCCUAACAUUGCAGCAUGUGUCUAAAGAGGCAGCAUCACCAAGCUCAGUAGUGAUUGAUCCACAAGCUAUUGAAGGGAGUAGGAAGAGUAUUGAGCAUGAUUCCGGAGGACCAAAAAGUUGGGACUCAUUGAAGCUACCAGGAUUACGCCCCUCCAUGUCAAUGACGGAUCUUGUGAACCACAUAGGAAACUGUAUCUCUGAGCAAAUGACUUCUGGAAGCUUACCCUUAGCCAAGGCAUCCGAAUGCCAUGACAUGCUCGAAAACAUCUCUCAAGUUUUGCUCAGUGAUACUCAGUGUUCAACAGGGUUGGACGAGAGAUCCCUAAUGAAGAAGGUAAAUUCUCUGUGCAGCUUGCUGCAGGAUCCCGUCAUAGCUACCAGUGCUCUAGUUGAUGGUGAAAACCGUAACCAAGUUGCUGAUCCUGCUAAAAAUGUCUACUUUGACCUUGCAAAUGAUUCUGUUCAUUCUACACACGAGAAGACCGGUAACACCUUGCAAGCUUCUGAAGUAAAUUUUGCAGAUGGGCCAGCUGGUCUACCUAGAAAAGACUCGUUUAGCGAUUUGCUUCUCCAUCUUCCACGUAUUGCUUCUCUCCCGAGGUUUUCGAACUUGUUAUAUGGAAUUGCAGAAGGUGAAGAAUAUCAAUCUCCGUGAUAACUUCUCCGGCCGUAUACACUUAUAACGACUAAGAAGCUAGCUGAUUUGGUUUCUGUAAUGGAAAAUCUUGGUUAAGGGUAACUGUAAGGAUUCUGAAAUCAAGGUUCGUGAAGAAUCCUCAACAUAUUAGCUCAGAAUAGGAUAGUGCUGUUUCUUUUCUAUGAUUAUGAUCUCCUUGGUUAUGUAAAUGGAUAACAAUUGACACACAAUUUAAUGUUUCUUGCAUUUCUCA